AUGGCCUACGCCCAAGGUUUCCGACAGUCCUUCUCAGUCCUCUCCAUCCUCGCCAAUUCAUUGACUGCAGGCUCCCUGUUCACCUACCCCAUCUUCUCAUCCUCCCUCCAAUCUCAACUCAACUUCUCGAUCAAACAGGCUUCAGGUACAGCUUCAAUCGCUAUCUUGACCCAAUACCUAUCUGCUGGUCUUUGGGGCUCUUUAGCUGACACGCUUGGAUCGGCCAGAGUCUCGCUGGUCGCAGGGAUCUUAUUCUUUUUCGGCUACAGCACAUUAUCCUACUUACUCCUCAGAUCCACAGUAGAAGAACCUCAUUCGACUAAUGCAUUCCAGUAUCAGAAUUACUCCAGCCCAUCUGCUGGUUUCGGGACUUGGAUUCAGGUCACAACAGCAUAUUCCGUCUGUGGGGCUGCCACAGCAGCCUCGUAUUUUUCUGCAAUCACUGCCUCGACUAGAAUAUUCGGAGAAAGGAAACCUGGACUCUCAGUCGCUGGGCCAUCGUCGAUGUUUGGAUUAAGCCCACUCCUGUUAAGCUUCCUAGGCGUCAAAUGUUUCUCAAGCCCCGAUGGAUCAUUCAAUAGUUCUGGCUACCUGGCUUUCCUGGCAAUCUUGACAUUGAUCGUUAACCUGGUUGGUUCGAUCGGCCUCCCACGCAAGGAUGAAUUGACAAAUGUUCUCAGCUCGUAUGACCACGACGAGCGGGCACCUUUACUUCAAACCUCCCCAGCUCUCCCCAAUCAUUCCUUGCACCCGAAACCGGCAGCCAGAGCCGAACGAGACCCCGAAGGGAUCCUCAGGUUCUUGGCUAGUCCAACGGUCUGGUUCUUAGGGAUGGCCGCGUUGCUUUCGGUGGGACCUGCGGAAAUGACGAUCGCCUCGAUUGGAGCAGUUGCAGAUGCCAAGAAUCCUGGCCUGGGGACGGCCUUCAAAGCCAGACAGGUCCAGCUGAUCAGCAUCACCAAUACCUUCUCCCGUCUUCUCUCUGGAUGGUUAUCCGAUCGAUUCUGCCAUGCCAGUUGGGGGUCACGAUUGGUCAUUUGGGGUUAUGCUUGUUUCUUCUAUGCAAUCGCCUGUUUCUCAGUCGCCAUCAAUGGCGGUAUCGUGUGGGUUUUAAGCGCUGUCACCGGGAGUUGCUACGGAGUCGUUUGCACCUUAGCUCCAAGCUUGGUGGCCACGGUAUGGCCAAUCAAGUUUUUUGGAAGAAAUUACGGCGUCAUAUCUUACUUUUUUGCUACGGGAAGCUUCCUAUUCACCUUCCUUUUCGGGGUUCUGUUCGAGCCGAAUGACUCGAAUUCGAUCGGCAAGAUCUACGAAAUCUCUGGUCUGUUCGAAUUGACCUCGAUCUGUUUGAUGGUCGUCUUGUAUCGAAAGUAUUGGGUCCAUGGGAUCCCUUAGGAUUUUUUUUUUUUUUUUUUUUUUUUUUUCAAAAUCAGAGGGAG